AUGCCUUUAAAUACUCCAAAAAAUUUCAAGGUCAUUGAUGUUUCUGAUACUGAAUCUGAUUCUGAGUCUUCAAACGAAAAACAUGAAAUAACUAAACCUGAAAUUAAAGAAGAAAAGAAAGAAGAACAUAAGCACAGUAAAAAAGAUAAAAAAGAACAUAAACAUAGUAAAAAAGAUAAAAAGGAAAAAAAAGAACAUAAACACAGUAAAAAAGAUAAAAAGGAAAAGAAAAAAGAUAAAAGCGAUGAUAAGGAUGAAGAUCAAAAAGAAAAAAGUACUACUGAGGUUACAAGAAUGGAAGAAGAUACUAAAGAAGAAAUAAUAAAAGAUGAAGAGGAACAAGAAAAAAAUGAAAAAGAAGAACAAGGAAAUGACAAAAAAGAAGAGUUAAUAAACGAAAAAAAAGAAGAGUUAAUAAAUGAAAAAAAAGAAGAAGAGGAAGUGGUAAAAGAAGAAACAAUACAAGAAAAGGAAAUUAACAAAGACAAAAUUAAAAAAGAAGAACCCCAAGAAGAUGUAUUAAAAAAAACUAAACCAACAAAACAAGAAGAAAAGGAUAAACAAAAUAAGGAUGAGACCAAGAAGUAUAUUAGUGUUUGUGUGCAAGGAAUUCCUAAACAAUGGAAUACAAGGAAAUUUAGAGAAGAAUUUGGUGAUUAUAAUAUUGCUAAGUGUAGAAUUAUUACAUUUAAAGGAAAAAGUGAGUCACGAGGAUUUGGAUAUCUUGACUUUUUUAAUAUUAAUGAAGCACAAAGGUGUAUUGAUGAGAUGACUGGUAAAGAGUUUGAAGGAAGAAGUGUUUAUCUUGAAUAUGCAAAUACAAAAAAGAAAGGAUAUCGAAAUGGAGACACAAGUGUUCCUGAAGCUGCAUCUUUAAAUAAAUCGAUUCAAAAAGUAUGUUUUAAAUGUGGAAAACCAGGACAUAUUGGAAGAGAUUGUCCUCAACCAGAUGAUAGAGUUUGUUUCCAUUGUGGUAAGCCAGGACACAUUGGAAAAAAUUGUCCUGAACAAGGAGUUCAAGAAAGUACUGAUCAAGUUACGUGUUAUAAAUGUGGACAAGUAGGUCAUAAGAGUAUAGAUUGUCCAGAAAAUACUGACGGUGGGUUUAAAAGAAAGUCAAAUUAUAAUACUGAAGAUACUGGAAAGCAUAUAAGGUUUGAUGAUUAA